AGUUUUACUAAACUAAACACACUCCUCUGCUAUGGAACUUCUUCGCACUCUUCCAAAAUCCAAAUUCUCUUAUCCAAAUCCAAUAAAUCCUUCUAAAACCCUAAUCAUAUCAUCUUCAAUCAUCCCAGUGUCCAAACUUUCCCUCCUUCCACCAAAAUUCCAUCUGAAUUCUCUGCAAAAAACCACCACCCUGUAUGAACUUAACAAUGAUAUCGGUGAAGCUGCAACUAUGCCAACCAUGUCUGAGAUUUUGGCCUCUUCCAGGAUCCAGAAUCUUGACCUCCGCCUCCAAACUCUCGGACCCUUUUUCAGAAUCACAGCCAGAAGCUUGGAAACCCAGAAUGAGCUGGGGAGGGCUGAGGGGCUCAUAAGGGUCUGGUUGGGGGGCAGAGUUCUUCACUUAGACUCCAUUAGACUCAGGAGAGAAACACUGGGCAUGGAGAGAUCGAUUUUUGGUAUUGGUUUGUUCAUUGGAGCUGUUGCUGUUAGAUAUGGGUAUGAUUGUGGUUGUGGAGCUGCUGAGUUGCUUGCUAUUAAUGACUCGGAUCUUUACCAUAAGAAGCUUGUUAGGUUCUACAAAAGGAUCGGCUUUAAGGCUGUGCAGAAGUGACUGGCUCAACAAUUCGAGACUGGGGUCACAUGUUGGUCUGGGGAGGAAUUGGGACCCGAAUGGAAGCCAAUGUUGAUGAGCUUCUAGUAAAAUGGUGCCGCAGGUUCAAAUCUCAGAUUAAUUUUACUAUGAUCUUAUUGCUUGAACAGAUUCUGUAGAAAAGUUGUUAAUAUGAAGU